AUGGACUUUUAUUAUAUUAGCCAACUCACUGAAAGGAGCGACACCAAAUUAUAUUCUGUCAAUUGGCCUGGAAAAUGGAUCGCAGAAAAUCCUGCAGACGCCAUUGGAAAAGGAAAUGAUGAAAUCGAAAAGAUGUCCAUGAUAACAUCGAAUAAUGAACAAUACGAAUGUGUUCUGCCGAAGAAGGAGAACCAAAAGGCAACCAAAGAAUCAGAUAGAAGUGAUACUGAACCACCUGAAAUUUUAUUAUCGACGCUAUUUAGUAAGAAACGUUGCACUUACAGGAUGGAAGGAUACUGGAGUUAUGAACUUUGUCAUGGACGACAUGUAAAUCAAUUUCAUGAAAAUAGUAAAGGGAGUUUCGAUCAUCACUACGUACUCGGCGCGUACAAGAAAAGCAAGUUGCCAGUUACGCCAAAUGAUGAAAAAAUUCCAACAAAGACCAUCGCAAGUAAAGAUUUCCCAUACUAUAAGUUAGUUAUGACGGAUGGUACACCUUGUGACCUAGCUAAUGAUAAACCACGUCAGACAAGCGUUUACUAUAUUUGUGAUGAAAAUGCCAAGGACGAGAUUAUAAUUUUAAAGGAAGUUAUAACAUGUGAAUACGAAAUUGUAGUCGCAACACAUUUAAUGUGUAAAAAUAAGAACUACAGGCCUAAGGAAGAAGUUAUCAAUCAGAUUCAUUGUCACAGCGUUAGUGAUUCUCCUAGUGUUCCUAAAGCAGAAUUAGAACUCAAAGAUAGUAUUCUAAAAUUGCAAAAUAGGAACGUUAUGUACGAGGUCUCAAGCAAGCAAGGUAUUCCUAGCGUUAGUGGAAAAAAAGAUCCUGUUGCUAGUGCCGUUUCAGGGGAAGACCCGAUGAAAAGCUUUCUGAAGGGCACCUUUUGUUUAAAUGGCGAUCAAGUAUCUGGUAAAACCGUCAUUCUAUUGGGAACUUGGGACGUAAAUGUGAGAUAUUAUUAUCACAUGUGUAAGGAACAUAAAAGAUGGUUCAUUAAUAGUAAAAAGGACUCUGCUCAUAAAAGCACAAUGGAAUUAUUCUUUGGUAAAGGCGAUGUUUGUGAUGCUACCGCUAUGCCAAGAAAAGUUGUUGUUAGAUUAAGAUGCCGAAACGAUCUCACUACACCCAAUGCUAUUGCCAUGUAUCUCCUUGAACCAAGUACAUGUUCCUAUAUUCUUGUGAUAGAAUCCGUCGGAAUCUGUAAGCUUCUUGGCUCAAGGGACGAAUUCGGGAUAAUAAAAUCACCAUAA